UUGGAAGGGAGAGAGCGAGCAGCCCACGCGCGUUGAAGUCUGCAAGUGAGCGCUCAGCUCGGCACCUGUUUCUCCGGUGCCACCGCCUUGCCACCCCUCGGACCCGCGCCUCCCGGGUCGUCCGCCCGCUCCGCUAUGAAUACGGCGCUGGGCAACCAGACCGAUGUGGCCGGCCUGUUCCUGGCCAACAGCAGCGAGGCGCUGGAGCGCGCUGUGCGCUGCUGCACCCAGGCGUCCGUGGUGACAGACGACGGCUUCGCCGAAGGCGGCCCGGACGAGCGCAGCCUGUACAUCAUGCGUGUGGUGCAGAUCGCCGUCAUGUGCGUGCUCUCGCUCACCGUGGUCUUCGGUAUCUUCUUCCUCGGCUGCAACCUCCUCAUCAAGUCCGAGGGCAUGAUCAACUUUCUGGUGAAGGAUCGGAGACCGUCUAAGGAGGUGGAGGCGGUGGUCGUGGGUCCCUACUGACCGGCCCGCCGGCCCCCUCGUCAGCCGCCCCCACGCCUCCCCUCUGCGCCAGCCCGGCCGCUCCCCCUCACCAUCCGAGACUGGGGGAAGCGAACCUGUCGGAGUCAAUUCUUUCUUUCGACUUCUGCCUUUCGGGAUG